UCUCUCGCUGUCUUUCUCACUUCUUUCACUUCUUUCCUCUCUCCUCUUCUCCUCUUUCCGUCAUCCGCUUUUAUCUUCCCUUUGAUUCCUCUUCAUACUACUGAUCCUCACCGAGUCUAUCUAUCUAUCCAACUCCACGCUCUUCACUCUCCAAUUCUCCAAUACUCCAAUACUCCACCCCCCUAUAAUUACCACUAUGUCAUAUUCAACCACCACUACUAUACCGUACUGAAAAUACACCACUACAACAGUUAUAUACCGACACAUAUCUCGACACUCCGACUGCCACCACAACUGCUACACUACGCGAUAACCAUGAAUCCCUUCCCCCCAUCCGCUCAAGAUCGCGUCGCUUAAUCCGUCAUGGCCAACCCGACCAAUAAUGCCCCCGGCAACGGCAUUACCGGGGGGUACGAUGGCGGAGAACUCGGCAUGAAGAUCGCCAUCGCGACUAUGGCCGGCAUCACUUGGUACAACGCCAUGGAACUGAUCAUCCUCGUCUUCGUCACCUUCAGCCAAUAUCGCGGCCUCUACUUCUGGAGUCUCCUCGUCACGUCCUCGCUUGGCCUCUUGCCCUACUCAGUCGGCUUCCUCCUCAAGUUUUUCAAACUCAUCGAAUCUCAAGUCUGGCUCCCCGUCACCCUCCUCACUAUCGGCUGGUGGUGCAUGGUCACCGGCCAGUCCGUCGUCCUGUACUCUCGUCUGCACCUGGUUAUGCCUACGCGGCGCAUUCUCCGCCCCGUCCUCGCCAUGAUCAUCAUCGACGCCAUCAUCUUCCACUUCCCCACUACCGUCCUCACCUACGGCACCAACAUGGUCCCGGAGCCUAGGCGCUCCCACUACACCACCGGCUACAACAUCAUGGAGAAGAUUCAAAUGACCGGCUUCUGCAUCCAGGAGUUCAUUCUCUCGGGCCUCUACAUCUGGGAGACCACGCGCAUGCUGCGUUUCGACCCGGACAAAGGCAAGCGCAAGAUCAUGUACCAGCUCGUCAUCAUCAACUUCAUCAUCAUCGCCAUGGACGUCGCCCUGCUGGCCGUCGAGUUCAAAAACCAAUACAUCAUGGAGACCAUGAUCAAGGGUGUCGUCUACAGCGUCAAGCUUAAGCUCGAGUUCGCCGUCCUCGGUAAGCUCGUCAUCCUCGUCCGCAGCCGCAUCUGGAAAGCCGAAUCCAUCACCCAGCACCCCUGCGACUUCCCCGACUUCGUCGACGCCACGCGCGUCACCUCCGACAUGACCCACGCCGCCCCCACCACCCGCCGUCGCUCCCACCCCUGGAUGGACCAGGACGACAUGUCCAUCGCCAUCUUCGAGCACAGCACCACCACCAACGACCAUGAGAGUGGUCUUUCCGAACGCUCCCACUCAGAGAGCAGCAGUAGCCAGACCCGGAUGAACCAUCCCUCCUACCCAUGCGAUCUAAAUCCGAUUGACUAUGCCUAUCCACUCGGUGAGCAGAAGUGCAUGCCAUCGAAGGACUCGAGUGAGAGUCCUGCAUGAUUUUUUUGCUCUUUUUUAUUUCAUCCUUUUGAUUCUCUUGCAAUACCCAUACCCGUUUGUUUGUUUUUUUUCCCUUCCACUUUAUUCAUACUCCGACGAGUCACGAGCCACGAUCAUGUCAUGUACAUCAGAGAUUCACCUGCAGCUACACUCCACCUCGUUCCCAGACAGUCCUGUCAGGACACCUACAGGUCGAGCGACACAGGCCCAUCCCACAGCAGCAAGAGGACACAAGAGAAAUAUGUGCUUGUGCAGAUAUGGUACAUUGUGAUCAACUGCUGGUGGAGUGUGCUGCAGGACAUAAU